CGGAGUCGGAGGCGGAGGCAGAGGCGGAGCUGCGGCCAUGCAGAACCUAGACGCUGACGCGGGCGACCAGGAAGGCGGCGCAUGGGGCCAGGAAGACGGCGUCGAGCGCCUGGAGGACCGCGGCGACCCCGGCGACCCGAACCCUGAGGGCGCCCUGGCCGGCAACAUUCCUCAGGUCGUUCGAGUAGUCCACCUCCCCGGGCCCGGCGGAGACGCCGACCCCUUGGGGGCCACCGGGCCCGGGAUCCGCCAGCACCAAUUCUCCCUGAUGGUACCUUUCCGGACGCGCGAUGGUGCAGAAAUAGCCCGCGCGUCUUUAGCUCCGGAUGAGGAGCCGCAGCGCGGCUUGGUCUACAAGGAGAUCGCCUUGAACGGCAACGCCCUGGUGGCGUGAGUCCCCGGGGUGGA